AUGGCCACACUUUCCAAUUUCACAUCCAUAAUCUUGAGGGUUUUUGGAAGCACUAUCUACUGGGGACUGCAUUGGAGGUCUUCAUCUUCGAAUCUACCUCAGGCCAGGUCCUUCACAAAUGGUGCACGUUGUUUUUAUCACGGUCCUAUGGGCCUAAGGGCCUCACUUUCGGUUCUCUGUUUCUGCUCCAAGGUGCAUGCACACCAACUUCAGAUUUGGUCGUACCUCCCACAAGAACAGAACCACUUUCUUGUCGCAUUACUGCCUACAAAUACAACAGGGACCACUCUCAAAACCUAUCAUAGCCUUUCUGAAUUUCACGAUGCUUGA